AGAAUUUCUACACAUUUCUAUUUCAUAUUUUUGUAGUUAUUUGUAGAAAUUUUUUCCACUAGGGUCUUCUCAGUUUCCGUCGCCAAAUCACAUUUUAUGCGACAAAAAAUAGAGACUUCUGCUCAUUGUUAGACAAGCCAAGUCUAUCUUGAUAUGAUCCUAAAAAUGCCGCCGUACUUAUUUCCACCUUGGAAACCGCACGAAGGCCUCGAAACGUAAUUUCGGAAAACAAAUGGUUUCUUCAAAAACCCAGAAACGAAUUGCCCGAAGCAACGUAUUAUUCUACAUCCUGACUGAAAUCCUGGCACGCGUGAGCUUUUUCCAAGGAUGUUACCUGGGAGAUGUAAACAACUCUAUUAAUCCGAUUCACGAAAUGGAGCAUGUCUAUUCUCGGGCAUUGAGGAAGAAGAAAAGGGGAGAAAUCGCGAGAAAAUCGUGGAGAACACGGUCGAGGGGGGAAACCGUUCGUUUCGCAUGCAGGAGAGACAUUAUUGUUGACUCUUCGUAGGAAGCUCUCGAGCGAGAUGGCCGUGUCCCUGCAAACGCGCGUUUUCUACGGCCUGAAAACUGACAUCGCCGGCAACGCACAUUACGUCACGGACGCGGAGAUUUUGUAUCCGGUUGGCAAUGCACUGGCGAUCCACAACGUCCUCCAGCGUCAGCAGAAGUUGAUUCGACUGGCCGACAAGUGUCACGCAAACGUUAUUUGCAUCUCGCCUAACAAGAAGUACGUUGCUCUAUCCGAAGUAGGGGACAAGCCUACGAUUUCCGUUUACGACAUCAAUUCAUUGAAGCGCAGGAAGCUACUCGGAAUACCCUAUGACGCUCCGGGAGUGAGCAGAUUCACGUGUCUGGGCUUCACUUUCGACAGUAAGAACCUGGUGGCGAUCACCGGCGAGCCCGAUCAAACGAUGCUCUUCUACAACUGGGAGAAGGGCAAGGUCGAGUCGACGUUCAACCUGGCUAAUCCGCAAAACCCGCUGGCGCUCGCCGCGGUGCUGGCCUGCAAUCCGUCGGACGCGACGGUGGUGGCGGUCGGCGGUCCUUACACCUUCAAGUUCCUCACCGUCUCGGAGACGGUGUGGCGGCCGUACGGCUUCGCCAAGGCGGAGAACCUCCUCGUCUGCUCGAUGGCCUGGCUGGACGGUGACAGGCUGCUGGUCGGCACCGAGGACGGCCGCGCGUUCUACCUGGAGAACGGCGAUCUCAAGAAUGUGUACAGGAUGUCGGACACGGUGUCGAUGAACCUCAAGAUUCGCGAGGAGUACGUUAUGCCAGCGGCCACCGGCUCGCAGAUAACGCUGGAGGCCGGCGACGACGUUAGCUGGCAGCAGAACGUGGCCUGCCUGAUCGCGUUCCCACGCGGAUUCGCGUACUCGCACGGCGCCGGGACGGUGGUGCUCUACGAGAAAGAGGGAAAGUACAAGUACGUGAGGCGAAACGUCUACGUGAUUCCGCAGCGAGUGUCGAGGGACGAUAACCCGGACCUCUACAGGAUCAACACGAUCAACGUGAAUCCCAGCUUCGACCGGCUGAUCGUCACCGCCGGCUGGUCCCAGCUGUAUUACGCGACGCUGUGGGGUCCGGACCUGCAGAUGGACCCGGAGCCGCAGAAGCUGAAUAUCAUGGGCGAGCCAUUGCAUCACGGCCCGAUCAGCGGUCUCGCCAUGUGCGCGUGGAAGCCGAUCUUCAUGACGUGCGGCGAGCUCGAUCGUAGCGUCCGGCUGUGGGAUUUCGAGACCGAGAGCCUCAUCAUGCUCAAGCAAUACGACGAGGAUAUAUCCAGCGUCGCGCUGCACCCGAUGGGGCUCUUCUGCCUGAUCGGCUUCACCGACAAACUGCGCUUCAUGAGCAUCCUGAUCGACGACCUGCUGGCGAUGCACGAGAUCGCCAUCAGGAGCUGCAGGACGGUUCGUUUCAGUUACAACGGCCACCUGUUCGCCGCGGUCAACGGCAACGUCGUGCAGGUGUACACCACCAUCGGCUUCUACAAUCCCUUCAUCCUCAAGGGGCACACGGGCAAGGUGAAGGCUCUUCUCUGGUCGCAGACCGACCUGAAGAUGUUGAGCAUGGGCGCGGAGGGGGCGAUAUACGAGUGGGACAUGAACACCGGCGUGCGGUCCGGCGAGUUCAUCUGGAAGGGCUUCGCCCUACGCGACAUCGCCCUUUCCUCGGACGCGUCGUUCGUCUACUGCAUCGCGCAGGACGAUCACAUACGCGAGAUCAAGGAGAACGCCAUCGCGCGAGAGUUCCGAUUGCCCGGCAGAGAAAUGCAGCAAAUGAUCAUGGGGAAAGAUGACCUGACGCUGUUCAUAACUUCCCCCGGUGGCAUCGUCAUCUCGUUGAAAAGCCCGCUUCAAACUCCGAUCGAGUCAACGGACUUCCAUAUGCACUGCGUCGAUAUUACGCAGAUCGCGCUGUCUUACAACGAAAACUGCCUAAUCUCGGUCGCGAAGGACGGUAGUUUGUGUAUUUGGAAGCUGUACUCCCCCGAGGGGCAAGUCAUGAAGAUGAGCCGCGAUCUGCCGUACACGAACGAAGUAUUAAUCGGUAAGGGUGAUUUGGAGGAGAAGAUACUCAGCAUCAAGAAUUUGACGGUGAGGCUGAGGGAGCUGGAGACCGAGCACGCGUACAGGCUGCGGCAGAUCGACGUUCAGCACAACGAUAAACUGCGCGACGUGCACCAAGGCUACUGCGAGGCCAUUAAGGAGCUGCGCGAUAAGAUCGAGAAUCUUCAGGAGGACCAUGUGAACGAGAUCAACAACAUGAACGUGCAAAUCGUCAAGAUGAAGGCGACCCACGAGGAGGCGAUGCAACAGAUGGAAAACAAUUACGAGGCCAAGCUGAUUGUGGAGUACAACAAGUACCAGGCGUUCGAGGAACGUACCAAUGCCAUGCGAGAGAGUUACGAGACGCAACUGAAGAAUCUUGAGAGACGUGACGCGGAAGAGCUACGGAGGACCGUGACGAGAUACGAAGCUUUGCUGCACGAGAGGAAGGUGCAAUUGGAGGAAGCGGCCGACGAGAUGGCGCACAAGGGGCGCGUUCACGAGCGUCUGAUGGCGCAGAUAGAGGACGACGCGGAUCGUGAGAUUCUCGAGACACGUACGAGGCACGAGAACCUCCUGUACGAGGAGAGGCAGAUCAAUUUGAAGCUGAAGGGGGAGGCCGGGGUGAUGCGAAACAAAUUCAUGGCCAGCCAGAGGGACGUGGACGAUCUCAAGAGGCAGGUGCAUCGGGUGCAGGGCGAAUACGCGCAGUUCCACAAGAAUAUACAGGAUCUCGAGAAGCAGAUAGCGGAUCUGAAGAAGGAGAUCGCCGAGAGGGACACCACUAUUCAGAGCAAGGAGCAACAGAUAUACGAUAUGAAGCAAACGAAUCAGGAGUUGGAGAAGUUCAAGUUCGUGCUGAACUAUAAGAUUGACGAGCUGAAGAGCCAGAUAGAGCCGAGGGAUCGGGAGAUACAGGAGUUGAAGGAUAAUAUUCGGAACACGGAGGAGGAGCUCACGAGUCUUCGCAAGACUAAUGAAAAUUUGGGGCUGGAGCUGCGCGAAGCGCGGGAGCAGUCGCGCGCCGCGCGCCAAGAGAUCGAGCGCGAGAUGCACAGAAACAAGGGGUGUCGGCAGACGUUGCGAAAAAUUCGCGUCGACAUUCUCGACGCUUCGGGACUCGUACAGGAGCCGAACGCCCUGAAAACGGCGGUGAUCAAUUUAUAUCACAAAUACAGCGCGGACGAGGAGCUUCUGCAGAGCCACAAAGCGGAUGUCGAUGCGCAGUGCGAGUUCAUCAGGCAGAGGGAUCAUCUGGAGAAGAUCAUCGCGUCUCUAAAAAAGCAGGUAUUCCAGGACAGGUCUGUCGGCGACAAAGAUUUGAAAAUGACGGAGAACAGCAUGCUCAUUGUGGAAUUGAACGCGCUGAGGGAAGAGUUGAAGGAGGCGCGACAACACAUUCUGCAUAUGGAGAGUCUGUUGGGUCUAACGCAAAAAAACGUGCGGCCCGCGGAAGCGAGAAAAGUCUUGGAGCAAGCGUAUCGUGGAUACAAGGAACUGGAGGAGAAAUAUACGCAGCAAAUGCAGGAAUAUCAGCAAAUUAUUCUAGCACUGAAGGAAGAUAUCAAACAAUUAUUAAGCAAAGUUCCUUGCGAAGAGACGGAGGGAGAAAAGAUAUCGGCUUGAACAAAUUUGUGACAUUUAAUUGUUUUCUUAGAGAUUUUCGAGUAAUGUAAAGUUUUCAAUGCAGAUUAAAUGUGCUUCAGCAUGUCUCUUACGUUUAGUAAAAAUAAUUUUGUAUGUAUACGUAUACAUAUGUUUAAAUUGUAAUUGUAUAUACGUAUGUAUAUUUAUUUAGAGAAAUAAGAGCGCUAUAUUCAUAAGAUAUAUUAUUUCAUUAUAGAUAGUAAAACGAAUCCCACCUUAAGACUUGUAUAAAAAUAAAAAAAAA